AUGACGACCGUUGUCCCCACAUCCGAGGAAGAUCCCGCUCUCUCAGUCGUCCGCUUCACCGCUGAGUUGUCGUGGGCCGAUGCCGGUCCUGAGGUCGCAGAGGGACAGGUUAAUAGUUUGUGCGUUGAGGCACAAGAAUGUAUGAUACAAAACAGGUGGUUGGAUUUGGCUUCCUUGAUGCUUACUUCUGCUGAUUUAAUUUUUUCUAAAGCCUCUGAGAAAGAUCUUGAAUGUGUUUACACUGUGAUCUGCAACCUUGUUAAGAAGCCUGAGAGUCUCGAUCAAGUGCAUGAGAUGGCAGUGCUUAUAGCCUCAAAGGUUACCCAACAGCCUAAUGACAAACCUGCACUGCGCUUAAAGAUCUUGUUUAACCUCUACAACCUAUUGGACAACCCAUACAGCCAGUUUUUCGUUUAUAUGAAGGCCCUCAACUUGGCAAUUAGUGGAAAGGUCACUGAGCAUGUCUUACCAUCGUUUAAAAAGAUUGAAAACUUUUUGAAGGAGUGGAAUCUUGGAGUUAAGGAUAGGAGGGAUCUCUUCCUUGCUGUUUCAAAUAUAUUGAAGGAUAGCAAGGGCUCUGCAAAAGACUCCUUUGAUUUUCUUGUCAAGUAUCUUGAGACUUUUUCGGGUGAUGAUGUGUUGGCUGUGGAUGAAGCUAAGGAAGAAGCUGUCCGAGCUGUUAUUGAAUUUGUGAAGGCACCUGACGUGUUUCAGCAGGGUGACUUACUAGAUAUGCCUGCUGUAGCACAAUUGGAGAAAGAUGCAAAAUAUGCUCCGAUAUAUCAACUUUUGAAAAUCUUCCUUACUCAGAGGCUGGAAGCCUAUUUGGAUUUUUAUCCAUCAAAUUCUAGCAUAUUGGGCAGCUAUGGUCUUGUGCAUGAAGAUUUGGUUUCUAAAAUGAAAUUGAUAUCCCUGGUGGACCUUGGAAAAAAUGAAUCUGGUCAAAUUUCUUACUCCUUAAUUAAGGAAACUCUCCAGAUUGAAGAUGAUGAAGUAGAGCCAUGGAUCAUCAAGGCAAUAUCGGCUAAGUUAAUAGACUGCAGAAUUGAUCAAAUCAACCAUGUGGUGAUUGUGAGCCGCUGCACAGAGCGUGUUUUUGGGCUUCAUGAAUGGCAAUUCCUUCGAUCAAAGCUUGCCACGUGGAGGGGAAACAUUGCAAAUGUAAUUAGUACCAUUCAAGCGAACAAGAUUACUGAGGACAGCACCCAAGCAGUGCAGGGGUUGACCAUACGUUGA